CGACGUAAAAGUAGGAGCGAUAGUGCAAAACCCCCAGGCCCUUGACGCAGAGGCCGAGGAAAAGGACGGUGAAUAUGGAUAGCAUAGAACCACCUUACGUCCCUUCGUCCCUUAGCGCCCUCCUUCCUCGAAAGCAGCUGACCAGAGGCAGUUUAUCCGGUUCCUUGCGCGAGACGCGCCAGAUCGGUCCGAAUGUUCAUGUCUGCUACAUCGAACGGCGACGAGUUCUGUGGCAACGCAAGUCAGUGACAGUCGUCAUUGGCGGGAUGGUCGUUUGCAGUCUGGAAACUGGCUGGAUGGUGGUGGUAGUAAGACGAGAAAGAACGGGGACCUUUUCAUUUCAUCAUUUACUUGACAUGUAAAUACCGCCAUUCCGUUCUCCUAUCAUUCUUCCUCACUUACCACCAUCUCCCUCUGCCAUAUCCAACGAUGGCCUCGACCUCCUGCCAUUUCUUUCGCGACCCUCAAGCCGUCCUGGAAGAUAUACACUACCAGUUUCAGCUCCAGCCCAGUGCUCUAAUAAGUCUCGCUAAGACUUUCCUCGAGGAAUUCAGACUUGGUCUCUCAAAUUAUGGGCAACCGAUGGCGAUGAUUCCUACCUUUGUCACCGGCGUCCCAGAUGGAACAGAAACAGGGACCUUUCUCGCUCUUGACCUUGGAGGGACAAAUUUACGCGUCUGUGAAGUCGUUUUGAACGGCGACAAGACAUUUUCGCUCAGACAGCAGAAAUACAAGGUAUCAGACACCCUGAAAACUGGAGAAGCUUCGGUGUUAUUUGACUAUCUUGCUGAUUCCGUCGACGCCUUUCUGACCAGCCAUUCCGACGACACUGUCUCAUCAUCCGCGGAUUCCCCAGAUGUACUUCCACUUGGAUUGACCUUCUCCUUCCCCGUUGAGCAAACCGCGCUGAAUUCUGGGAAGAUUCUUACCUGGACCAAAGGCUUUUCGGCCAAACACGCCAUCGGCAAAGAUGUCGUGCAGCUCUUGCAAAACGCAUUUGACCGAAAGCAUAUGCACGUCAAAUGUGUCGCGCUAGUAAAUGACACUGUUGGUGCUCUUCUCUCACGUUCAUAUACUUCCGGUGGCUGCAUGCUUGGAAGUAUUUUUGGAACGGGAACCAAUGGUGCAUAUGUUGAGAAGGUCAGCAGUCUCACCAAGCUAGGUAACUCUCCUGCGGUUGCCAAAGGCGGCGUAAUGGUCGUGAACACGGAAUGGGGCGCUUUCAACAAUUCGCGGAGCCGCCUUCCUUCCACUCCCUAUGACAAUAUUCUCGAUCGACAAUCGAUUAAUCCCAGCUUCCAAGCCUUUGAAAAGUUCAUUUCGGGCAUGUAUCUUGGAGAAAUCACGCGUAACGUCCUUUUAUCAUUGAUCGACGCGGCGCCGAAACCCAUCUUGUUUGGUGGCAAGUCGACGGCGUCGCUGAACAAACAAUGGGGAAUCGACACGAGCGUAAUGAGCGAUGUGGAGACCGCUUUUGAAAACUCAAAGCACACGACCGAGAACCCGAUCCCCAAAUUCUCCGACUUUCAGGAUUCCGAAUUGGACGAAAAGACAAAGGCCAAGCUUCAGGCAAUACGCUCUGUCAUCAUUAAUCGAUUGGGCUACGAAGAGACAGAUGUUUGCCUUCGAGAUGCAGCGAUUGUGAAAUGGGUUUGCACACUAGUCGCUCGACGUGCGGCUCUACUGAGUGGCGUCGCCGUUGCUGCUGUCCUUUUACAAACCGAGCGAGCGACAUUUGCUGAUGCCCAAACAAACGGGGUUUAUACUGACUCAGACGAACGCUUCAAAGUUGGUGUGGAUGGAAGUUUGGUUGAAUUUUAUCCUCAUUUCGAGGGGAUCAUGCGCGAGUCGAUUCGAUUCAUUGUUGGGGUUGAUGUAGAAAAACGAGUGGAAAUUGGCAUGGCUAAGGAUGGCAGUGGCGUUGGUGCCGCUCUGUGCGCUCUACAGGCUAUUAAGCAGCAAUAAAUUUAACUACCGUACUUGUCGGAAUGUUGUACACAAUAUGUACCCUUGUUAAGAGAUGUACAUGUAAGUCCAUUAUUGUACUAUAACCUUUUGGAUCUUCUAGAUGGAUCAUUCUGUUUGAGGGAGCUCAACUACACCAAUGCUUGAAAGGCAGACUGUCUACUUUGAACCCAGCAAUGUCUAGUUUUGAUGGGGCUACAGAUGUUCGGGAUUUGAUAAAAGCAACACUAUUUUCUAUUUCAAGGCGCCAAGGCGAGUUCUUAGCACACAAAUCUAGCACUUGUGGUGUACAUCCCGCUGCUAAGUCUAAG